UCAAAUCGAUAAUUUACUUCCCUUUAUUAUCUAAGUAACUAUUAUACAUUAUACUGUUAGGCACAUUAUCAUAUGUAUUAUUCUUCAUAAUAUUUGUUUAUUUAUCGUUAUACUCAUUUAAGGGUUUAUCUUAGGACAUCAAUAAAUACAAGUAGGUACUUAAGCUAAAAAAAAAAAAAAAUUAAAAAUAGAAUUGAAUAUUGAACACAACAAAUGUUGUCUACAACGUCGUGUUCCUUUUAUAAGGGCAGUUAGUGUAGGCCUGUCUUCUAGGGCUUGCAAUAAUAUUAAUAAUACGGAUAAUUCCAUACUCGACUCGAACUCGGAUCGCUAGCCACUAUAAUGGAGGCAAGCGGCAUGUCCAUGGAGUUUGUUCGGGUGAAGGAAGAACCUGUGUGGCAUAGUGCGGACGAGCCGACAGGACCCAAAGAGCAGUUUGUGUUGCUGCCUGAACAGAUAAAAAUCGAAGUGGAAUUUGAAGAGCAGAGACCAGUGUGUGUGAAGGAGGAGCCUUUGUGUGAAACCAAACCUGUGGAGGGGCCGGCAGUGAAGCUUGAAGUGACUCCUGAACUUUCCGGUUUAAACCAACCAGUUGUCAUCAAACAGGAGCUCGAACGUCCAGAGACAGGAGAAUCACCGUGCUCCACACCCACGCAAUCACAGGUCGCAAGUGCGGCUGAUGACCGACAGACGAAUGAAGAUGACCGACAAACCGGAACCUACGUGUGUGACACCUGUGGAAACACAUACCAACAAAUACACUACCUAAUCCAGCACAUUCAAAGAAAAGCUUGCAGUCACACUGCCGAGAAAUCCUACUCCUGCGACAUAUGCGGAAACAAAUUCGCAACCAGAUCUAGUUUGAACCAACAUAGACACACACACGCCAGUACAAAGCCGUAUUCGUGUGAAACUUGUGGGAAACAGUUUACUAUGUUAAGCUAUUUGAAAGCUCAUGAACGGAGGCACGUAGGUGAAAGGCCAUUCAGUUGCGAUGUAUGCCAAAAAUCUUUCGCGAAAGUGAGUGAUGUGGAAAAACAUAAACGUAUCCAUACAGGCGAUAAGCCGUACUUUUGUGAGGAAUGUAAUAAGAAGUUCGCGCAUUUGAGUGAUUUAAAUAAACAUAAACGGACUCAUACUGGAGAGAGACCAUACUCAUGCGAUAUUUGUAAUAAGAAGUUUAAGAUUUCAACUCAUUUAAAUACACAUAAGCGAAUCCAUAUUGGUAAUAAGCCCUAUACCUGUGACUCGUGUAACAAGCAGUUUUACGAUGAGGCCUCUUUAGGUAUGCAUAAACGGGUUCACACUGGGGAAAAACCAUUCUCGUGCGACAUAUGUAAAAAGGAAUUUACGCGCAACAGCAGUUUAAUUACUCACAAACGAAUUCAUACUCAUGUGUUCUUUUGCGAAAUAUGUAAAAAGAAUUUCAAGCAAUUAGCUAAUUUAAAGAAACAUUCCAAGAGACAUACCCGAGAAAAGACUACUAAACUAAAAGGUAGAAAAAAGGCAUCUCCUGAAGUUAUAGAAAUCCUAUAAAGAGCGUAACAAAAAAAAACAUAACUUAUUGUUAAUUUGGCGACGUAUACAUUGUGUACAUACAUAGAAAGAGGCGUGGGCGACUUUGUUUUAUAAAGUGUAGUGACUGUGUAUAUGUCAAAGUGGAUUUAUAAAGUCAAAUAUACGUAUAGAUACAUGUCGAUUGUUGCCCUUUUA